CAUUGAAUAAUCCUGAAUCCGCCUUUGCACUGCUCUGCUCUGCUCUGCUCUCCUCUCUGCUGAGGAACAAUCAGCAAACUUUCUGAACUAUUUGAUUGUCGCAUUAUUUGCAGUGUUUGAAUUGUGUUGCAGAGAGACAGUGGACUCACACAUCGAAGUGACUCACAAGAUCUGGAAUAGGGGCUGAGGACUGAAGGAUCUGGUGAUGUGAAAUAGUGAUUGGAAACAGCUUUGAUCAAGCAAUGGAACUGCUGAAAAGUUUAGUGAUUUAUGUUUGCGUCUUGUCAAACUCAGGCUUAACUGAGGCAUUGCCUGACUUGACAUUAAUAAACUCGAGUCCUCUCUUCACAAGUUCAGAGACGUCCCUGCUGUGUGUUGCAGGCAGUUAUCCUGAUCCAGAUCAGGUAUCAAAGGUAUCAAUAGGCCACUAUGUCUGUGCCCUGGUCAAUCAGUCAAGGUGGCUUUUGCAUCAGAAUAGGAUCAAAAACUACUCUUUGAAGGUUAUGUGGAAGACAGAGGAGAAGUCAGAUGGAAUUGGAAUAUUCUAUUGCGAUGGACGAUUUAAAGAAACAAGCACCAGAAUAACUACUGUUAAGAUGUCAGAACAAGCAAACUUCUUGCCCACAGCCAUCACAGUGACUGUAAGUAAAGGAGAAAGUGUGAGGAUGUCUUUCAAGAAGAAACUUUCGAUAACAGCGGAUGUGAUGAUCUAUAAAAAUGACAUAUUUAUCACGUCCGUACCCAGACAGGACGUCAAUGACACUGUUGAAUACUCCAUCGCCUCUGCUUGCUUGGAUGACACUGGGGUCUACUAUGUGCACUUGAUUGAUAGCUCGUUUCUAACAGCAGCAUUCACCAAGCUGAUAGUAAGAAGAUGUGAAGCUCAGAAGUGGGGCACUGACUGCACAAACACCUGCCCAAUGUGCCUGAACAGAGGUGUUUGUCAUGAUGAGGUGGGAGAGUGCAUAUGUCCACCUGGUUUCAUGGGGGAACAAUGCGAAACUGCCUGUGAACAAGGUGCUUAUGGCAGAAACUGCAGAGAAACCUGCAAAGAAGGAAACUGCAGUUUCUCUGUUUUCUGCCUUCCGGAUCCUUACGGGUGCUCCUGUGCCACUGGAUGGAAAGGGCUUCAGUGUGAUGAAGCUUGUGAUCCUGGGUUUUAUGGGCCCGGCUGCCAGCUGAGGUGUGAGUGUGACAACGAGGGAACAUGCGACAGCUUCCGAGGCUGCUUGUGUCCCCAAGGGUGGCAUGGCUUACAUUGUGAGAAAGAAGGGGUUGGAAACAUGCCUCCUCAGGUGGUGAAUACCAUUGACAAUAUUGAAGUGAACUCGGGUAUUACCUUACACCUCAACUGUACUGCAACAGGCCGCCCAUUGCCCAUUCAUGGCAAUAUUCACCUUAUAAAGCCUAGUGGAAGAGAGGUUCAUCCGACUGCCACAAAGACAUUAACACAUCCAAUUAAUCAGACCAUUACAUCCUUCGAAGUGCCUCUUAUACACCGGUCAGAUUCAGGAGAGUGGCUCUGCAGUGUUCAGACAGCAGCCGGCAUAGCUGACAGACCAUUCAAUAUCUCUGUUAAAGUCGCACCUUCACCUCAGAAGCCCCCGCUUAGGGUUAGCAGCGGCACUCGAUAUAUCAUUGUCGAUACCAACAUUAACUCACAAAUCGGGGAUGGGCCAAUCAUCUCACUGAAACUCCUGUAUAAACCUGCGAGGGCAGUGCAGUCAUGGUCAUUCAUAGAAGGAACUGAAUCACCAGCGUCAGUGAAGUUGGACAACCUACAGCCAAUGUGUGAAUAUAGUAUCUGUGUGCAGCUCAGUCGCCCGGGAGAUGGAGGUGAAGGGCAUCCUGGCCCAGUGGCAAAUUUCUGGACGAAAUACCCAAGUAUUCCAGCUCCGUUGAAUUUCAAAAUCACGCCCAAAAACCAAACCUCCCUCAUCUUAACAUGGCAGUCAGUGCCUGGUAUCCAGGAGGAAGUCAUGUACCGUGUUGAAUGUCAGGUCGCCAAUGACAGUAAGGGCAAACCUACUGUCUUUGAAGUACCUGGGAACCUAUCCAGUCUGGAUAUUGCGGAUCUGAAGCCGAAACACCAGUACAAGUGCAGGGUGCAAGCUCAAGCCAAGUCUAUGGGAGAGUGGUGUGAUACGGUGACUUCAUGGACUUACAGCAAUGAAUUGCCACCCGCUCCUGCUAAAAUCAAGAUUUUUAACAUUACUGAUACUUCGGCAUUCAUUUCCUGGUUAAUCGAGGAAGGCAACUCAAUAUCUUCAAUCAUCAUUCGCUACAAAAUAUAUGGGGCCGUGGAUUACACUCAGGAGACAGAAAUCAAAAUAAGGGACCACCCCAUUAAUCAAUUCCAACUCCGAGGACUGGAGCCCAAGACCCCGUACCUGGUGGAAGUCUGCGCCAAGAAUAACAUGGGAGAGAGCAAGCCCAACUUUCUUAUGGAACUACACACACUGGAGGAAGCCUCAGGGCGACACUAUGCUCACAGUGGUGAGGGGAAGCUGCUGCUCUAUGCUAUUCUGGGCUCAGCUGGAAUGACCUGCCUGACAAUCCUAAUAGCCUUUUGCAUUGUCCUUCACUUCAAGAGGCACAACUUCCAACGAAGAAUGGUUCAAGCUUUUCAAAACAGUUCGAGGGAGGAGCCUGUCAUUCAGUUUAAUUCAGGCACUCUCACUCUGUCCAGGAAACCGAAACCUCAUUUGGCAAUGCCCAUUGUCUACCCAGUCCUGCAAUGGGAUGACAUCAAAUUUGAGGAUAUCAUUGGCGAAGGGAAUUUUGGACAGGUAUUGAAAGCCCGAAUUAAGAAGGAUGGACUCAAAAUGAACGCUGCUAUUAAACGCAUGAAAGAAUAUGCUUCCAAAGAUGAUCACAGGGACUUUGCUGGCGAACUGGAAGUUCUCUGCAAACUUGGACAUCACCCAAAUAUAAUAAACCUGCUGGGAGCCUGUGAACAUCGGGGAUACCUGUACGUGGCUAUUGAAUUUGCGCCACAUGGAAAUUUGUUGGAUUUCCUGCGGAACAGCCGAGUGCUAGAAACGGACCCAGCCUACGCCAUUGAGCACAGCACCGCUUCCACAUUAACCUCACAGCAGCUCUUACAGUUCGCCGCUGACGUAGCCAAAGGGAUGGAUUACCUCAGCCAGAAACAGUUUAUUCACAGAGAUUUAGCAGCGAGAAAUAUUCUUGUGGGUGAUAACUACGUUGCUAAGAUUGCAGAUUUUGGAUUGUCCAGAGGGAAAGAGGUCUAUGUAAAAAAGACUAUGGGAAGGCUUCCUGUUCGAUGGAUGGCUAUUGAGUCCUUAAAUUACAGCGUUUACACUACGAACAGCGAUGUGUGGUCAUAUGGGGUUCUCUUGUGGGAAAUUGUUAGUUUAGGUGGCACGCCAUAUUGUGGGAUGUCCUGUGCUGAACUUUAUGAGAAACUACCCCAAGGAUACAGGAUGGAAAAACCAUUGAACUGUGUCGGUGAAGUCUAUGAACUGAUGAGACAGUGUUGGCGUGAAAAACCCUACGAAAGACCGACAUUCGCUCAAAUUCUGGUGUCACUUAACAGAAUGUUAGAAGAGAGAAAGACCUACGUAAACACAACGCUGUUUGAAAAGUUCACCUACGCUGGCAUUGACUGCUCUGCUGAAGAAGCCGGGUGAACAUCCCGUGCAGGGGAAUCAGCCGUGAAAAGUGAACAAAGUUUGUUUUGUAAACUUUGUACCUUUUAGAUAAUGCAAGCAGUAACAUAUGCAGUGCGUCACAGUAUAUUUCUACAUAGGUUCACAAACAUCUGGCUGGAAGAACGAUGUGCCACAGCCGAGAACCAGUAUUCAUAAUCAAAGAAAGCGUUAGUGGAGAGACCUUACACCUGGUUCACUCUAUUUAUGGAGCUUUUCAGAGUGUCUGGAAUUUGGUAAAUUCUUAAAUACAGCCUGAAUUUUGAGCAAUUUUCUGUAUGUUUCUUUUGAGAACUAUAAGAACUAGCUUGAAAGUUAAGACUGAAUUUGACAGAUUCUGGAUGCUCUAAAAUGCUACAAAUAGAGCAAAUAUAAAUCCAGGUGGAAAUCCUACCCAGAGCAUGGUUACAUUCCUUAUCUUCCUCUAACUGUUGUUUAAUUCGUGAGUGUUGAUAGCUGCAGAGUAGUUAGUGUGGAGAAGUUACUGAGCUAGGGUUGUGGGGGAGCUAGCUAACCAACCAUCCGUCAGGGAUCCACUAAGGAUAUAGAAAUCCCAGAACAGAGACGGCCAUUUGGCCCAACAAGUUUAUGCUGACUAUCCCAUUGGAGCUAUAUACAUGUACACCAAUUUUCUGUCCCUCCCCACGCCCCAAGACUAAAACAUGGAGUCCUGUAGCUCAGUGGUUAGAGCACUCAUCCCGCAAGCGAGAGACCAACUGUCGUGGAUUGAGUGAUCAAAUUUUUCUUAAGGGAUUAUUACCCCCAGAAAAGCGAUCCGCCAAUCGACUAACAACUGGGUUCCCACUUACUGCUUGGUAAACAUGUGGAGUAAAGAAACUUGCCCAACCCUUUGCCAUGCCCGGGAAUCGAACCCAGGUCCUAUCGUUUGCGUGGCAAAUGCUCUAACCAUUAAGCUGUAAGACUCCACUUGAACAAAGUGUUUGACAGUGACUCCUCACUCAUUAAAGUGAACCCCCUGAAGUAACAGAGAAUUGUUUUCAACAGGAAACGUGGGAUUUGAUUCAUGCCUGCAGUGUGGAGGAAGAAGCUGUAUAGUAUUUAAAUAUUGUGUGUCAUUAUGAGAAAUGCUUCCACUUUUUAGGAUUGUUAUGCUACUUUGUAUAUAGUGCUUGGCCUUGUUAAUUACAGAUAUGCCAUUGUAUGUUUAUAAUGUAGAAUUUUUUGUUAACCUGCCAGUUUUGAUAGCAAAUAAAUAUCAGGCUCUGACGUACGCCAAUUGCUAAGUAUUAGCCAUCUUUUCCACUGUAUCUUUGUGACAGGAAAAUCCCAUUUCAGGUUAGAAUUAUAAAAGCUUAGUAAAACAAAAACAUAUUUCUGGAGAUCAGAAACUCUAGCCCCCACUGUAACUUGUUUUGCAUGCAUGCUUGCACUUCCUCCCUAUGUACUAUGUAUAGUUCUAUGUACUCCCCAGUUUACCAGCUGCAUAGAUAUCCUUGCUAGGUGUUAGCCUUGUCUGGAUAGCAUGGUGCUUGACUUGACAGUUUGAUCCGAGGUAUAUAUGUGCAACAUACUCAAUAAUUAUUGGUCCAGGUUCGUUUACCUGCAGUUCAUUUAACAGUUCUCCUACAAGAGAGGCUCCAAUUUAUUCUUUUAAAAAGAUUCCAAUAAAAAAAGUUGCAUUUGUUUUAACCAAUACUUGCUUUGUGUGCAUGCACUUAAAACCAUUUGAAAUAAAUUCUUGGUUGCUAAACAAUUGGAUGAAGCAAGCUAUAGAUCAGAAAUUGCACAGUGAGUUGAAGUUGAUACUGGUAAAAUCCACAGCAAUUUGAUACUACAGUAUUUGUAUGAACAUUUCAUCCCCAUCACCCAAAGCCAAUCAUACCUCCAGGAACAUACAAGUCGAAUUAAAUACAUGGUAUUGAAUCUCUCAAUUGCAUCAAGAUUGAAAGAAGAUUGUUUAAUGAAACAUAUAUCUUUGCUGCUGCUUGGAAAGAUAUUUUUGUACACCUAAUUUCUCAGAAUGAUAAAUGAGCUGUCCAGA